AUGAUGAACGGCACGGAAAAGCCCGACUACGACGAGGACAAGUUUGGUCCCAAGGAGGGAAGCUUGGUAGCUGCUUUUGAUGCGUUCCCCAAGUCAAAGCCGCAAUACAUCCAACGAACCUCGGGAGGUGGAAAAUGGACUGUCGCCGUAUCCAUCAUCUCGCUCAUCCUUAUCUGGGGUGAGCUUGGCCGCUGGUGGCGCGGCGCCGAGUCUCACAACUUCGAAGUCGAGGCCGGCGUCUCACGGGAAAUGCAAAUCAACUUGGAUAUCGUAGUCAAGAUGAGCUGCGACGAUAUCCACGUCAACGUUCAGGAUGCUUCUGGCGAUCGAAUCAUGGCGGCCAAACGCCUCCAUACCGACAAGACUCUUUGGGGACAGUGGGCCGACAACAAGGGUGUUCACAAGCUUGGGCGCGAUGACCAAGGCCGAGUCAACACUGGCCAGGGAUACAACGAUCCAAAGUAUGAAGAUGAGGGUUUCGGCGAGGAGCACGUUCACGAUAUUGUUGCGCUUGGAAAGAAGAGGGCCAAGUGGGCAAAGACGCCCCGAUUCAGGGGUAACGCUGACAGCUGCCGUAUCUACGGAAGUCUCGACUUGAACAAGGUGCAGGGUGAUUUCCACAUCACUGCUCGUGGCCACGGUUACAUGGGCCAUGGCGAGCAUCUUGAUCACAGCAAGUUUAACUUUUCGCACAUCAUCUCGGAGCUUUCUUACGGUCCCUUUUACCCCUCGCUCGAGAACCCUCUCGACGGCACCGUCAACACGGCCGAUGGAAACUUCCACAAGUUCCAAUACUACCUUUCCGUUGUGCCCACCGUGUACAGCGUCAACUCCAGGUCCAUCCUCACCAACCAGUAUGCCGUUACAGAGCAGAGCAAGGCAGUUGACGACCGAUACAUUCCCGGAAUCUUCUUCAAGUACGACAUCGAACCCAUUCUGCUGACAGUUCACGAGAGCCGCGACGGUAUCAUCAGCUUGUUCGUCAAGAUCAUCAACAUCAUCAGCGGUGUUCUCGUCGCUGGACAUUGGGGCUUCACAAUCAGCGACUGGAUCCACGAUGUCAUUGGUCGCCGACGACGCAGCAACGGUGGAGUUGGUGUCUUGGGAUCAAAGGAGGGCUUUGAUCAGUGA